AUGUUUGUGACUCGCAAGAACUCACAGAAAGUGGUGGAGACAGCGAAUCUCGUGGAUGGACUUCACUGGCUUCGUACGACUCAACGAUCAGCGAAUGUGACAGCACGUGGAACCAGCUGUGCUGAUCUACAUGCGCGAAUGGGUCACGCUCCACUCGACGUACUUCGCAAGAUGGUCAUGACCAACGUGAUCAAGGAUAUUAUUGUCCCUCUUAAGUCGAAUGGAGCAACUGCAUGUCGAGGGUGCCAACAAGGGAAAAUGGUCCAAAAACCAUUCCCAAGCAAACGCGACAAGCGUAACUACGAUACGUUCGAGCUGAUUCACCUGGACAUAUGGGGCCCAUGGAAAACGAUUCGCUCGGUGUCAGCGGAUAAUUGCUACUGA